CAGGGCAGGAGGUGCCCGAGCGCGGCCCGCCCAGGCAUGGAGAAGCGCGCGGCCGCGGGGCCGGAGGGGGCGCCGGGCGCCCGGGCCCAGCUCGCCGUGGUCUGCCUAGGUGGACAGGGCAGAGGUUGGAUCCUCCUUGCAGGGGAGAUGUGCAUGCCUGGGCCCAGCAGAACCUGGUGUCCUGGAGUGGGGGCUCAGGUGAAGGAUGACUGCUUUAGAGAGGCUCUCCACUCCCUCUAUGUUCUCCAUAUGGGAGUGGGCACCCUGAGCCCCAGGAAGCCAGAUUUCUUCUCACUUGGCCUAGACUCUCUUUCUGGGCCUGGAGCCCUGAAGCAGAGCAGUAGGGAGCCCUAUGGAAGUGGACACUUGAAGGGUGGCAGGUGAAUUCUGUCUUUAGGUCAGCAGGAUACAGGAAAGAGUGAACCUCUUUCUCACUGGAAGGCUCAGUAGUGCGGUUCCCGCCUUAGCUGCCUGCAGUGGGAAACUAGAACAGCACACUGAACGUCGUGGGGUCAUCUACAGCCCAGCCUGGCCCCUCAACUACCCACCGGGCACCAAUUGCAGCUGGUACAUUCAGGGUGACCGUGGAGACAUGAUCACCAUCAGUUUCCGCAACUUUGAUGUGGAGGAGUCCCAUCAGUGCUCCUUGGACUGGCUCUUGCUGGGCCCAGCAGCUCCACCUCGCCAGGAGGCCUUCCGCCUCUGUGGCUCAGCCAUCCCACCUGCCUUCAUCUCUGCCCGUGACCAUGUCUGGAUCUUCUUCCACUCAGACGCCUCCAGCUCCGGUCAGGCGCAGGGCUUCCGCCUCUCCUACAUCAGAGGGAAACUGGGCCAGGCAUCCUGCCAGACAGAUGAGUUCCGUUGUGACAAUGGCAAGUGUCUGCCUGGCCCAUGGCAGUGCAACACGGUGGAUGAGUGUGGGGACGGCUCAGAUGAGGGCAACUGCUCAGCACCAGCCUCGGAACCACCAGGCAGCCUGUGCCCUGGGGGCACCUUCCCAUGCAGUGGGGCACGUUCCACCCGCUGCCUGCCGGUGGAGCGGCGCUGCGACGGCACUCAGGACUGUGGUGAUGGCUCUGAUGAGGCCGGCUGCCCCGACUUAGCAUGUGGCCGGCGGCUGGGCAGCUUCUAUGGCUCGUUUGCCUCCCCAGACCUAUUUGGUGCUGCCCGUGGGCCUUCAGACCUUCACUGUACGUGGCUGGUGGACACGCAGGACCCUCGGCGUGUGCUGUUGCAGCUUGAGCUACGGCUGGGUUACGAUGACUACGUGCAGGUGUAUGAGGGCCUGGGCGAGCGAGGGGACCGGCUGCUGCAGACACUUUCCUACCGCAGUAACCAUCGGCCUGUGAGCCUCGAGGCAGCGCAGGGCCGCCUCACUGUGGCCUAUCAUGCCCGUGCCCGCAGUGCUGGCCACGGCUUCAACGCCACUUACCAAGUAAAGGGUUAUUGCCUCCCAUGGGAGCAGCCGUGUGGGAGCAGCGAGGGAGAUGAUGGCAACUCGGGGGACCAGGGCUGCUUCUCAGAGCCACAGCGCUGUGAUGGCUGGUGGCACUGUGCCAGUGGCCGGGAUGAGCAAGGCUGCCCGGCCUGCCCACCAGACCAGUACCCCUGUGAGGGUGGCAGCGGCCUGUGCUAUGCACCUGCUGACCGCUGCAACAACCAGAAAACCUGCCCUGAUGGUGCUGAUGAGAAGAAUUGCUUUUCCUGCCAGCCGGGCACCUUCCACUGCGGCACUAACCUGUGCAUCUUUGAGACGUGGCGUUGUGAUGGCCAGGAGGACUGCCAGGAUGGCAGCGAUGAGCAUGGCUGCCUGGCUGCUGUACCCCGCAAGGUCAUUACGGCUGCUCUCAUCGGCAGCCUAGUAUGUGGCCUGCUUCUUGUCAUCGCCCUGGGCUGCGCCUUUAAACUUUACUCCCUGCGCACACAGGAGUACAGGGCCUUUGAAACUCAAAUGACCCGUUUAGAGGCUGAGUUUGUGCGGCGGGAGGCCCCCCCAUCCUACGGUCAGCUCAUCGCACAGGGCCUCAUUCCACCCGUCGAGGACUUCCCUGUCUACAGUGCAUCCCAGGCUUCAGUGCUGCAGAACCUUCGCACAGCUAUGCGACGACAGAUGCGUCGGCAUGCCUCCCGUCGGGGGCCAUCCCGCCGUAGGCUCGGCCGCCUCUGGAACCGGCUCUUUCACCGGCCCCGGGCACCUCGAGGCCAGAUCCCACUGCUGACUGCUGCGCGCACCUCACAGACUGUGCUGGGUGAUGGGCUUCUCCAGCCAGCACUAGUGACUGCCCCCAAUCCUCCAGCACCCCACAUGGAUACAUGCAGCCCCAGGGCAGCUGAGGAUGGGCCUGCCAGUGGCCCUGGCCAUGCGCCAGAAGUUGGGCCUUCAGUGCCACCCCCACCCUUGAGUCUGCAAGACCCAGAGUACAGGCCAGCAGACAAGGACAGAAAAGCCUGUGGGGAUCCUCUGGAAGACAGCCCAGCCCCUGUGGACACGCCUCCUGAGCCCUGCUCAGCCCAAGACCCCCACCCCCAGGCUUCCACUGCCAGUAGCACCCAAGAUCCCCACUCACCAGAGCCACUGGGGGUCUGCAGGAGCCCCCCACCAACCUGUUCCCCAAUAUUGGAGGCCAGUGACGAUGAGGCUCUGCUGGUCUGCUGACCCACUGGACACGCUGGUGACUGCCACAGCCCCGCUUUGUAACCAGGGAAUACACAGUUGUUUCUA